AUGGAUCCCUUUUCUUUCGUCAGCUCCAGCGACCUGGCUCAUCAUGUCUUAGUACGCAUAAUUAGCCUUGAUGGCGAGGAACUGCCCCAAAAGGCGUCUGUUCUUCUCGAUCAGCCUUCGUUGCGACAUGUUGGCUCAAACAUUGAUCCAAACUUUGACUUAUAUGUGACAGCUCAGAUAUGGUCGUCUUCAAAACCACUAGUUUUACCUGCCCAAACUUCAUAUAAACCGUUUCGAUCAGAGCGAAGGUGGAAUGAAUGGCUACAGCUACCUAUAUUCUACUGUGACCUACCUUCAGAUGCCGUCCUGGCAUUAACAAUAUGGGAUUUAUCACCUAAAGGGUUUGGAAAUAGGCAGGGAAGUGCUGUUCCUUUUGGUGGAACCACGAUCCCUCUCUUUGAUAGCGACAACCAAUUAUUGAAGGGCCGCCAAAAAUGCGUCGUUCACAGGCAUGUCGCUUCUGACGGUUCUGAAAUCAACAGCACACCGGGCUUGCUACGCCAACCUAGAAAAAUGAACAGCUCAUCCAGCAGUCGGAAUACGGAUGCCCUCGAACUGGAACGGAUGGAGAGUCUCUUCAAAAAGCACGAAAUGGGUGAUAUUGCUCGAGUAGACUGGCUUGAUCAAAUCGUCUUCAGAAAUUUCGAGAAACGCGGCUUGCAGGCAGCGCAGUCAUCCGCAAGAUCACUCAAUCGUGAGCGGAUGCAUGUUGCCUCAUCAACAACAGCACCAGUAAACAAUGAACACCAAAACGAACCUCGAACAUCAACUUUCCUUCUGAAUAUCGAACUUCCUCGAUUCGACUUCCCAAUCGUCUUCGCUGACAAAGAAUAUGACGUUCCUCCCAUUUCAGCUCUACAAACUUCAGCCUCUCAAUCUGCUGAUAAUCAUCGCAUACCGCAGGUUCAUUAUGGCCCAGGCAUUAAUGCCCUGGGUGAAUCCGGUGAUCAGUCACACGCAAAAGUCGUAGAAAUUUAUGACCCGGAGAUAGGCCAGCGUGAUAAUCCUGCCGAAGCGAAACACAGACGACUCUUCAGAAGUUCACAUCGACAUGGAAUUUUGGACAAGGAUCUGAAACCAAAUGCCAAAGUCAGGGAUGAGCUGAACACAAUAAUGGCAUACCCACCUAUUCAAGCGCUCUCAUCCGAAGAAGCCGAUCUCGUUUGGAAGUUUAGAUAUCAUCUGACUAGAGACAAGCGAGCAUUGACUAAGUUUGUCAAAUCAGUAAAUUGGAACGACCAAAUCGAAUCGAAACAAGCUAUCCAUGUUCUUGAACGAUGGACGGAAAUCGAUGUUGACGAUGCUCUAGAGCUCUUAGGGUCUUCCUUCAGCAAUUCAGCCGUUCGCUCCUACGCCGUCCGCCGCCUACAGAAAGCAGGAGAUGAAGAGCUCCUUCUAUAUCUCCUUCAGCUAGUCCAAGCCUUAAAGUACGAAAACAUCCCGUCCAGUUCCACCCAAGAUGUCACAGAGGAUUCAACACUUGCCAAAUUUCUGAUCCACCGUGCAGCAGCCGACUUCAUGCUUGGCAAUUACUUUUACUGGUAUCUCAUGGUUGAAUGCGAUGAUGGAAGUUCGGAGCAAGGCUCCAAUAAUCGGAAUAUGUAUCACAAAGUCGCAUUUACCUUCAUGGUGGAACUUGAAAAACAGUCACAUGGUGCUGAGAGCCGAAAGACACUGCUUCGCCAAGCAGAGCUCGUUGCGUCGCUUUCAAAAAUCGCCACGGAGAUCAAACUAUCGAAUGAGACUAUGGCCAGGAGAACUGAGAGAGUCAAGGCAUACAUUGCUGAGCCGAAACAAGAGUUUACUUUGUUUGAUCCACCGCUCCCGUUACCACUGGACCCUUCAAUCCAGAUCACAGGCAUCAUUCCAGACCAGGUGACAUUAUUCAAGUCGUCAUUGACACCAAUUAAAUUCGUAUUCAAAACGACCACCGGCCAAAACUAUCCCAUCAUCUUCAAAGUCGGCGACGACCUACGCCAAGAUCAGUUGGUCAUCCAGAUUAUCACUCUGAUGGAUCAACUAUUGCGCAAGGAAAAUCUGGAUCUAAAAUUGGUGCCAUAUAAAAUCCUUGCGACUAGUACCAGUGCUGGUGCAUCACAAUUCAUCCAGUCGCAAAGCUUAUCCAGUAUUGUGUCCAAAUUCAGGACAAACCCUGCACUGGCAUAUCUUAAGCAUCACAACCCAGACGAUUCGCAACCGCUUGGGGUUAGGCAAGAAGCUCUUGAUACAUACGUCAGGUCAUGUGCUGGAUACUGUGUUAUCACUUACAUCUUAGGUGUUGGUGAUCGUCAUCUUGACAACCUCUUAUUAGCACCGGAUGGACACUUCUUCCACGCUGAUUUUGGCUACAUUCUGGGUCGAGACCCGAAGCCGUUUGCGCCGGUUAUGAAGCUUUCCAAGGAAAUGGUUGACUGUAUGGGUGGGGUACAAUCAGAGCAUUAUGCUAGAUUCAGACAAUAUUGCUUCUUGGCCUAUACGGCUUUGAGAAAGUCAUCAAACUUGAUACUGAACCUGUUCAGCCUCAUGGUCGAUGCUAAUAUUCCUGAUAUCCGUAUUGAACCGGACAAAGCUGUUCUUAAGGUCAGAGAACGCUUCCACCUCGAGUUGACAGAGGAGGAAGCUAUCGUCUACUUUGGUAGGGUCAUUGAUGAUAAUUUGGCUGCGUUGGCGCCAGUGGUGAUUGAUAAACUACACGAAUGGGCUCAGGCCUUCCGAAAUUGA